AUGGCUAUUGCUAUAUUUAAAUAUUGUACGAAAACGUCUCCAAUUAACGUGCACGUAGUGCAUUUGUACCGGUACGGAAAACCAACAAGCGACAUUGUGGUUAAUUUUUCCGAUGUUGUUCAAUGCGUUGGGCAAUUUGAUGUAAAAACAUUUUUGGACGGCAACAGUAAUUCCGACAGUUGUGAUUUCGAAAAUCGUCCAUUCGUUCACUGGUCCGAGCUGUUUGACGUUAUACCGAAAUCGGUAAAUUGGCCCGAGGAUACAGUGUUUGUAAAAAUACAAACGCUAAUUUCUUUACAAGAUGCGUUCAAAAACGACACUAGAUAUUGCACGUUUGUCGAUUGGUUAAACGCCUCGAUACUCUCGUGGAUCCGGACCGAUAACUGUGAUCCGUGUAAGUAG